GGGUUUUGCAUUUCCAUUUCCAUUUCAGAUAGCGAAGCAAGAGGGAGAGAAUUAGGGUUCGAGAAAUUGCUGUAAUGGCGGAAGAGAUGGAAAAUUUUGGUGCGCAGGCGCCGGUUUCUGAGCAAAACCCUAACUCCGUGGAAGCGACAAUUGAGUCGAAUGUUGGCUGCGAAGCCACGGAAUCAACCUGCAACAAUAUCAGCAAUAGUAAUGGGGGAAGCUCAGUUGUGUCUUCCGAAGAUGAGCGCGAGAAGACGUUGGAGUACGCGGACGAGUUGAUGGCGCUUGGAUCUAAAGCUGCCAAGGACCAAGAUUACACCGAAGCCACUGAUUACUACAGCCGUGCCCUAGAGAUUAGGGUCGCUCACUUUGGUGAGCUUGCCCCUGAGUGUGUCAAUGCAUACUAUAAAUAUGGAUGCGCCCUGUUGUACAAAGCCCAAGAGGAGGCUGAUCCACUGGCUUCUAUGCCCAAGAAAGAGGAUGCUGUAUCUCAUGAAGGUUCCCAUAAAGAGGGUUCUGUAAAUUCUGUGGUAAAUGGUGAAGCCUCUGCUGCUUCAGCUUCAAAUAAUGCAGAGCAAGGUGGAAGCUCAAAUGGUUUGGAUGGGGCACCAGAUAACAACGCAGAAGGGAAAGUUGAAGAGGAGGGUGAAGAUGGAAGUGAUGACGAAGAGCUUGCUGAUGGUGAAGAGGAUGAAUCUGAUCUUGACUUGGCAUGGAAGAUGCUGGAUGUUGCUCGUAUAAUCACUGAGAAACACUCGGGCGAUACAAUGGAAAAGGUGGACAUAUUGUCAGCCUUAGCAGAAGUAGCUCUAGAAAGAGAGGAUAUUGAAACUUCCCUAAGCGACUACCUGAAAGCUCUAGCCAUUUUGGAGCGUUUGGUUGAACCAGACAGUCGGCUUAUAGCAGAGCUGAAUUUCAGAGUGUGCCUGUGUCUGGAAAUUGGUUCGAAACCUGAAGACGCCAUUUCUUAUUGCCAAAAAGCUAUUUCUAUUUGUAAGUCCAGAACCCAACGACUUAUGGGUGAAGUACAGAACCUGGAAGCACAGACUCCCGAAUCCUCUACUACAUCCCAGUCUGCUGAUUCCACGGAAGACAAAACAGCCGAGAUUGAAACACUAACUGGUUUGUCCAGUGAGCUAGAAAAAAAGCUUGAAGAUCUCCAACAGCUCGUCUCAAACCCAAAAUCAAUCCUGUCAGACAUCCUGGGCAUAAUAUCUGCAAAAGCUGAAGCUGCCGGCGGAAAAGCCAUCUCAGGAGCAGGAAGCUCCACCGAGACAGCUACUGUCAUCACCGGCGGAACCGCAAACUCUACAAUUGUUUCUACAGCUCAAACAAGCAGUACUUCUGAAGUGACUCAUCUAGGCGUGGUUGGAAGAGGAGUUAAGCGAGUCGUGAUGAGCUCGACUUCGGUCGAAGAGCCCAAACCAGCAAAGAAACCUUCAAUGGAUCCGUCUUCAGAUAAUUGCAACAAUGGCAACUCUUCUUGAAGGUACACACACUCUUGUUUGUGUUAGGCAUGAAAAAGGCUUUUGCAGUAGAAAAUUAACAUGAUAAUGAAUUACACAGAUAUGAAUGAUUACCGUAAUAGGGUUUGUUCGAUCGAUCUGGAUUUGCCUCGAGAAUUUUAUCCGUAUUUGCUCGCUAGUUAUAUAAUACCAUCGCUUAUGGCCUGCU